AUGGCGGCGGAGCGCGGGGCGCAGGGCUGCCGCUACCAGUUCCGGGUGGCGGCGCUGGGGGACGCCGCGGUGGGGAAGACGGCGCUGCUGCGGCGCUUCGUGGCGGGCGCGGCGGGCAGCCUGGAGCCGGGCCCGCAGCGCGCGGCGCCCACGGCGGGCCUGGAGUGCUACGGCCGCGCGCUGCGCCUGCCGGCCGGGCCGCGCGUCAAGCUGCAGCUGUGGGACACGGCGGGCCUGGAGCGCUUCAGGUGCAUCACCAGAUCCUUUUACCGGAACGUGGUGGGUGUCCUGCUGGUCUUCGAUGUGACAAACAGGAAGUCCUUUGAACACAUCCCGGACUGGCACCAGGAGGUCCUGGCCACCCAGGGCCCCCACAGGGCAAUCUUCCUGCUCCUGGGCCACAAGAGCGACCUGGAGAGCACCCGCUGCGUGUCGGCCCAGGAGGCAGAGGCGCUGGCUGCCUCCCUGGGCAUGGCCUUCAUGGAAACCUCAGCCGUAAACAACUGCAACGUGGACCUAGCUUUCCUGACUCUUGCCAGCGCCAUCCAUCAGGCCCUGCAGCAGGGGGACAUCAAGUUGGAGGAGGACUGGGGGGGCGUUCGGCUCAUCCACAGGCCUCCAGAGCCCAGGCUCCCCAGCAGGAAGCCGCAUGGAGGCCCAUGCCAGUGUUGA